AUGCAGCUUUUGCCGACUGUCCGGGGCGAGUCCUUCAGUGACGAUGCUGCUGCUGCAAACUACUCAGUCCACGGCAUGACUGGUGUAGAAAAGUUACAUCAAGCUGGCGUCUUUGGCGACGGGGCAACAGUUGCAAUCGUUGACAGUGGCGUCCAAUACACUCAUCCUGCGCUUGGCGGUGGCAUUGGACCAAACUUUACGGUCGUUGGUGGUUAUGAUCUUGUUGGCAAAGACUGGCCCGAUGUUCCGGCUCAGCCAGACAAUGACCCAAUGGACGAGUAUGGACACGGCACUCAUGUUGCCGGAAUCAUUGCAGGGAACAGUGAUCAAUUUAUUGGGGUAUCCCCUGCGGCCAAGUUACUAUCUUUCAAAGUCUUCGGUGAUAGCGGUUAUUCUAAUGAAGAGACUGUCAUCCAGGGCUUCCUGAUGGCAUUUGAUUCUGGGGCGGAUAUCAUUAGUGCUAGCCUUGGUGAGGGGAGCGGGUUCACUACCAAUGCUCUCGCUGUAGUAGCUUCAAGAAUGGUUGAUCAGGGAGUGGUAGUUGUUAUUGCAGCUGGCAACUCUGGUCAAGACGGUCCAUUCAUGGCUAGCAACGGAGCUUCCGGCAAGAGUGUGAUUACAGUUGCAGCUGCUGAGCCUGGCGAGUUUCCUGCUCAGACAUUCGCAGCAGACUUCAUCUUGGAUGGGCUCUCGAACAAGACUGAUAUUGCCUAUAUCUCAGGCUCUAGCCCUUUCCCAACAACCAUUGUUGACUGGCCCAUUUACCCUCUGACCAUGAACUCAUCUGUUCAAGGCGAUGCUUGUGGUGCCCUGCCAGCGGCCACUUCCGACUUGUCGAAUGUGAUCGUUCUGGUCAGAAUGGGAGGAUGCAGCAUGUCAGUCAAGCAGGGCAAUCUCGUACCUUUCAAUGCGAGUUACAUACUUUUCUACAAUGAUGAUGGUCCAUUUCAAAAUCCAGUGACCUCUGCCAGGUCUGGAGUCGUUGGAGCAAUCGAGGCGCGAGCUGGCGAGGCAAUCGUCAACACGUACCUUGCAGGAGGCAAUGUCACUGCAACAUUCAAGGCAAACGCGGAUCAUUAUGUCGGCCUCUACAACGCUGGUGGUGGUCGACCGGCCCUAUACACCUCUUGGGGAGGCACUUAUGACCUGGCGCUGAAGCCUGAUAUUGCUGCACCUGGUACGAAAAUCUUGAAUUAUGGAUUUUGGGCACCCACAACUCAAGUCGGUGCCGGACUCGUGGACGCGGAAAAGGCUUUAACAUAUGACACUGAAAUCAGUUUCGUCGGCAGGAAAUUCGAGCUCAAUGACACCGCCAACUUUGUCAGAACGCAAUCUGUGGAAAUUACAAACCAGGCUGGCGAGGCUGUUACAUACACAUUUUCGUUGCAAGAUGCUGGUGGUUAUGAGUCCUAUAUACCGGCGGUGCCAGAUCAUCCCCAAACCUUCGUUCCGGAAAUCAAACUUUACGGCGACGUCAAGCCCGUUAAAAUGGUCCCCGAAGUUGCAAUGCCGCAAGGGGAUUUCAUUGUCAGCCCAGGCGAGACCAAAACAGCCAAUUUUACCUUUGCACUCCCGCCUGGGUUGAACGCGAGCACUCUUCCAGUAUAUACUGGUAAAAUUCUUAUCAGCGGUACCAACGGAGAAGAGCUAGGCAUCCCAUACUUUGGCGUGGGAUCUGAUAUUCGGCAUGAUAUAUCGAACAUUUGGGAUUACGGUGGAAAUUUCCCUUAUCUCGUUUCCACCGCCCAAGACAUCAGACUGGCGCAGAAGGCGAAGUAG